GUUAAAUAUAUUAUUACAGUUAAAUAUGUUAUUACAGUUGUAUAUAUUAUAAUAAUUGUGUAUAUAAUUGUGUUAAAAUUGUGUAUAUGAGUGUGUAGUGGUAAUAGAGACCCGAGUAUGACUCGAAUCCCGUCGGGUUUCACUGAUGAGGGGCAGGUCUUUGACGAUGAGUAUGCCUAUGAGGAAGGCGAUGAAGAGUAUGACGAAAACAGGAUAGAAAUCGAUGAUAACGAUUUCUGGGCCACCACCAAUCUCUAAUUGAUUUAAUCUAACUUUUAUCAUUA